GGCCCGAACAAGUGUACGCGCGAUCGUCGCCCGUAGACAUCGCACACGAGCGAGCUAGCCAGGAGAUUUCCCUUGGAUAUCGUGGGAGCUCGGUUCGCGUGACGGCAAGCGAGGGGUCGGAUAUUGCAUGCACGCUGGGUUCCCGAAACCCGGAGCGGCCAACCUCGUCGUCGCGGUGAUUUUCAUGUCAUUCUGCGGCCUGACGCGCAGGAAGAAGAACAAGAUGAACGGACGAUCCGGAGGCUUCGACGCGCUCACGGGUGUCCCCGCCCUGAGGCCGAGCGAAGACGAGAUCAAGAAGGCGAAGACGAAGUGCCUGAGUAAGCCAAUCACCACGGAAAAGCUAUCGAUCAAGACGAUCAUGGUGGUGGUCCACGGGAAAAAAUGCGAGGACGGCAAGGGUAAGCGCGACCUCCGCGAGAUUCGAGACCUCGCCGAGGCGCGGGGCGUGCAGCUCGUCGAGGUUCGCACAGAGCGAGAGGGGCACUGCGAAGAACUCGUGCGCGACGCGAAUUUCGACAACAUCGACGCGGUCGGCGUCAUGGGCGGCGACGGAACGUUUCGCGAGGGCGUGUGCGGCAUGAUCGCGAGGAGCGGUGACUCACCGGGCGGCAAGGAGCUUCCGAUUUUCGCGUUUCCCUGCGGCACCGGGAACAACUACGCUAGGGACUUGGGUCAACGAACCGUGACCGACGUCUUCGACGCGCUCGCCAGAGGCCACGCGCACGCCGUCGACGCCGUGCGCGUCCAACACCCCAACGGAACGACCUACUCCAUCAACUGCGUGACCUGGGGCAUGGCGCGGGAUGCGGCGGCAACCGCGGAAGGGAUGCGAUGGCUCGGCGCGAUUCGCUACGACAUCGCCGGCUUUUUUCACAUCAUGAAGAACAAGCUCAACUACGCCAACUUGGCAGCCUAUGUUGAUGGCGACGUGUCCUCGUCGACGCAGGUGACGCCGAUACUCUCGGAUAACGAGGCUGCCGAGGACUACUUGAUGAUGUUCGCGCAAAACACGCGAUGCAGCGGCAGAGGUUUCCCGUUCACUCCCCUCGCCAAACUCGACGACGGUUUCUUCGACUUGAUCGCGGUGAAAAAGUGCGGCGUGCUAAAGACGGUGGGUCUCUUCGAGGCUGUCAAGAAGGGCGGAUCGCACGUGCGGGAUCCGUCCGUGUGUUACGUCAAGGUGAAAAAGGCGACGCUGCGGGCGAGCGACGCCGGCGAUCUCGUGGGCAUCGACGGCGAGGUGGACGUCACGACGCCGAUAAACCUCGAGAUUGCGGAGCGGGCGUUUACGACGUUUGUGUGAGAUAAUAUACCUUGUUAAAAGUUAAUAAUGUAUUAAGGUUCAUCUAUCAUCACCUCGGGGUGAUUCGAUGAAUCUUUUACCAGUGUUCUU